ACGAAAAAAGAGGAUGGAUUACGUGCGAUGGAAUUACACGAAGAGUUGCUGAAACAAGAAGAAGAGUCUUGUAGUGAGAGUAUGACAAGUGGUGAAAUAGGAGUCAGAUUGUCUAGCUCGUGUGAAUCAGGUAAUUCUGUGGAAUGUACUGUAUUUAGUGAAAUAUUUCAGGGUUGGGAUGAAGAUGAAGGCGAUGCUAAAGGAAAGGCUGGGGAUGAAGAUGAAGGCAAUUCUAAACGUAAGGAUGGGGAUGAAGAUGAAGGCGAUGUGGGGAUGAAGGUGAAGGCAAUGCUAAACGUAUGA